GGGAAAUAGUCUGCGGCAUCCUUGGGCAAAGUUGCGUUACCAGGAUUCCUUAUUUGAAACCAUGGUCGCGAAUCUUACUGGGAUUGGUGUUGAGUGCACGCUGCUGGGCAGAACUUAAUUUCAGCCAGGGCUCGACAAAGUUUGAGAUCCAAACCACUCAAGGAAUUUCUCCACUUGAUACCCUUUCUAGUUGGCAGACCAGUUAUUGGAAGCUUCAGCAGAAGCCUACAUAAACUCCAAAUCCAAACAAAGAAUGAGGAGAAAAAUAGCAGCAAAGCGGAAUAUGGUGGCCCAGUACUUUCCGUGUCAGACACCAUUUGAACAACGAGUGCAACCAUUGGUGAAAAUGGAAAAAGAACCAGACCCAGCAGGCUCUGAUUCGUUAGGAAUGUCAGAAGGCUCUGUAAAAACAUAUCGUAUUGUACCAGUAGGAACAGGAGGAGGAGGUAUCCGGCUAGUAACACCACAGCAAACCAGGAAUGAACGACUAGAAGCACCUCAACGCUGGGAAAUCCAAGGGCAAGAAUUGCCAACUCCAGAACUUACCCCAGUCCAAUCACCUGCAUGGAGGAAUCUUCAAGUACCAGAACUCACCUUAACAGAAGAUAUUGAGACCUACUUGACUACUUUUGAAGAUGUGGCUGAGGCCUGCAAAUGGCCUCGGGAACAGUGGGUGACCCGGUUAGUGCCAGCCCUCAAUGGAGCUGCCCUCCAGGCCUACAACAGCUUGGAUCCCAGAGAAAGUGGAGAUUAUGGAAAGGUAAAAGCUGCAAUCUUACGAGAAGAUGCUGUCAGUCUGGAGAGGCAGAGGCAGCAUUUCAGGCAUUUCCGUUACCAGGAGGCUGAAGGGCCCCGUGAUGUGUGUUCUCGGCUGCGAGGGCUCUGCCAUCGCUGGCUGGAGCCAGACAGCCGCACUAAGGAACAAAUUGUAGAAUUGUUGAUCCUAGAGCAGUUUCUGACUAUCUUGCCCGAGGAAAUGCAGGAAUGGGUUCAAGAAUAUCGUCCAAAGACCUGCAUUCAGGCAGUAACCUUGGCAGAACAUUUUCUUCUGAAGCAGCAAGACAAUGAGAGAUGGGAUCAACAGGUGCUAGGGCCAUAUAUGAUUGAGGAGUCUGUGAAUUUACCAGAAAGUGAGCAAGUGGUCUCAGAUACCCAGCAGGUUCUGUGCAGAGAAAAUAAGGAAGAGCUGAAUGAGCAUGCCUCCUCAGUAGCAGGUGAUGAAAUCCAGACUAAAAAUGAAGAAGAGUAUCCGUUACAGGAAAGUUCAAAAAGACAGAGAAGUCGCUUUCUUCCCAAUUUGCAAGCGGCUGCCUUUGCUCACCAGAUACCCAACAGUCAGCUAGCUUCAAAAAAACAGCCCUUGCACAAACAAGAGGCACUUUUCCCUUGCCCUGAAUGUGGGAAGAACUUCUCACGUAAAUCUACCCUCACUAGACACCGGAGAGUACAUACAGGGGUCAAGCCCCAUCAGUGCACUGAAUGUGGGAAAAGAUUCUUGCACAAAUUCAACCUGGUGAACCACAUGAGGACCCAUAUGCGAGAAGAAUCAAGCCGUUGUUCAUUGUGUGGAAAAAAUGCAAAACGGAAUUCAGGGCAAGGGAGCCAAGAGCGAAAGGCCGGGUAUUGUGAAUGCACAGGCAGUUUGGAACCACAGUACAGUGUGGAGCAAACAACGCAGGACAUGGGCGAAUCCUUUAACUGACUUGAAUCCUAGGGAGAAACACAGUAUAGCUGACUUGAAUGUGCAAAUAAUUUUUUAAGAAAUAAUUCUAAAUCAGGGAAAUGUUCUGUGCCCUGGAGUCUUCUAGAAGCCAGAACCACUUUCUGAUGACAAGGCAGUUAUCCUAAAUAUUGAUCAAAGCAAAAAUGCCUUCAGUAGCUCAGUUCACCUGUUUGAAUGUUUUGUUAUUUGUUAAUUUCUAAAAUCAUCCAGGGGAAGGGAAGGGAGAAGAGCAGCAAAGUUCUAACGUUCAAUGAUAAUAGAAAUAUUUUCUUCUUGAUACCACAGUCAGAAGAAAGCUAGACAAUCACACAGCAAAAGCUAGUGGAAAUUCACCCUCCUCAGAAAUCAAAAUGUGAUUGACCAUAGAAAUGUGCAAAAUGCUUCAAUGUCAGUACACUUUGAUACCUGAAUAUACCGAAAGCUGUCUGAUCUUUAAAUGAGUUUCAAGAUUGGACCUCCUUUUGUAUUCUCAGAAGAGAUGCUCUCACGUCAAAAUGGAACAUUUCAAGGAUGGAAUGGUCCGAUCUCAAAAUGUUUUGCACACUCAAUUGAAGGGCCUAUAUUUCAAUGAACUGCUCAGAUAGCUGAGGCUCUGCAACUGGAUACAGAAUGUCUUUAGUAAAUAUCAAUUUUACAAAUGUCCUUAAACAAUAAAAAAAUAAAUCUCGCUUUCAGGUUGAUCAGUCAUGUUCUUAAGUGCAAAAAUGUCUUUAAUUGAUUAUGCAUAAAAAUCAUAUGGAUGGAAGCUUAUCCAGUCAUAUAUUAGCUAAUGAAUGAUGGAUGAGAUUUUUUACAAAUUUGGGGAAAUUUCUAGGUAAUGUGUAAUGGAAUGUCACCUUAAAGGCCUUCAAUCUAGUGCCUCUUUCGUGGAGAUCUUGAAAAUUGUGUAUUUGAAACUGUGAUAGAGGUGUUGAUCUGUCAAUUUUGUGUGUGUGUUGUUGUUUUUACCUCAAUAAGGGAUGGUAAAAUUCACAAUAAUAUUUACGGUUCAUUGGAACUUUUCUAUUAGACCUUUUUGUCCUAGGAUGUUUGUUUUCCUGAAAAUAGAAUUGUUUUCCAAAAAUAAUCACCAGAGUCAAGAUACAACCUAGAGAAUGACUUGGCUUAGCAGACACCCUGGUCAGAAAUACAAGGAAUUUGAUUUAACUCAUCUGAAUUAGCUCUCUUGGAAAAGUUGGCCUCAUUUCCAAGGAAAUUUACAGUUUGUGUUUGUCAGACAAUAGUUCUCAGCAGCACAUGACAAACUUUUGAAAUGGUGACUUUAAAAACUGAUGUGGCUAAGAAUGGAAGAAUCUUGUGUUUUGAAGAUGGGACAAAAAUCCAAUUGAGUGUACUGCAAGUAGAAGUUUUUUAAUUUCAUCAUCUAGUUCUUUGUAAAUUCCUGUCAAGCACAUCGUAAGUAUUUCAGGGUCUUCUAACACUACCAAUUUUAAUCCCUUUAACACUGUUGACGUACCAAAACUGCAUGUUUGGAAUUUUGCAAUGGUUAUAGCUGCACAUGUAAAUGUUAGUUUUUUUAAGAGAAAAAAAUGUUUUUGUAAUUUUUUUAUUAAAGCUUUAUUUUUUUCUAGUUUGCACAUUAAAAGAAGUUUAAUGUUGAAAU